AUGACUCUCCCAGAACCCCAAUCUCCCCGCACCGGCUUGGCCCUCUCCGACCUCGGCUCUGCAUCCAGCUCGUACUCGGUGGGCGGUGCCGGCAUCAGCGGACUCGCAAUCGCAUCACACGGAGGCAGCUCCAACUGGUCCACACGCGGAGUCGGCGGAAUCGGAGCCGGUAUUGGAGUCGGAGCUGGAGCCGGAAUCGGCGGUGGUGCCGGUCUCGGCGGACUCACUGGCGCUGGCAGCAAUGGAUCUUCAUCGGUAUGUUUUUGAGGUUAGUUUUUUGCACUUUUACUCCAACUUCUAGAUGAUUUUAGGACUUUAGACGCAAUUUUUUUAAUUUUACGAAAAGUGACGACAUAAAAAUCCAGAAGGGGAAGGAAAUUUUGCAGCUUGUCCAAUCAAAGAUUUAUGACUUUUCACCUCUUCCUUGAGCUCCACAAAGUCCGUUCGAUCACCCCCGCGGCCCCGAAAGCGCCCCCGGAAAUCUUUCGAAGCGAAAACAUUUUUCGGCAAACCAAAAACAAAAACCGGGUCAUGGUCAGAGGAGGGCUUCAUAAACGCAUCAGCAAAAAAAAGUUCGAAAAUGCGGGCUUUUGGUGAAACGUUUUCUCCAGUUUCCGCAGAAUUUGUCCCAAUUUCGUCGUGGUCAAGGUUACCCGGAAAGUGGAACAUCCCGAAAAUUUCAAGGUGAAUCGGAGGAAAGUACAGUACUCGCCGGGAACGGUGAAGGUCAUAACCUUCUUUUUCGGGGUCUUAAUUGGGCUCUGCUCUUGUUUUAGGCACAACCAAUGCAAAGGUUUUGAAAAUGAAAAAAAAUGAAAAUUUUGAAAUUGAAAUUAAAGUACGCGCGUCGCCAUAACUAGGGAACACUUGGCCAUUUUUUAAAAUAAAUCGCGUCGGGACCAAAAUUAACUUGAAAUCGUACGUGUGUACGGUAGAAAAAUAAUUUUUUCGCGGCUGCAGCCGGAAAUUUUGUUGUUUGAUAUCGCGGUGGAUUUAUCUCAGUAAGUUGUUUUAUAUCUAUUUUCACUUGUUUCUAGAGCUCAGGGACCGUUGGAGAAAGUUGUUUACUAUCUGUUCUUUGUGAUUUUUUUCAAAAUCUGUCGGAUUUUCUUUCUCCUCGUGAAUAAUGCUAUCUUAUCCAUGAUUUGUUAGUAUUAUCGUCAAAAGAAGCUGUAAAAAACAUGAGCAAGCUCUCUCAUAUUCUCUUCUGUCAGUUUAAAUUUCGACUGAAGAACCAUUUAUUGAUAAAAUUCCGACAUUAUCCACUUAUUUUCUUUGAAUUUUUCAGUUUUUGGACAGCAUUCACGUCGACCAAUAACACAACGCCCACUACAGCACCUUCUUCUGUUUGCCUCCCGAUUAUCUGUGAUUAGCACGAAGCCCUCUUCCCUCCAACUUUUUCAGAAUCAAGAUUUAUAAUAAAAUAAAUUUAUUAACCUUCAGAAUGCUUAUUUUUGAUAUUAUUAUUCAACGCAUUAUAUAAGUCUCCACUGGGGCAUGUGAACUCUGCGACGGCACCGGCUUCAUCAAGAUCCAGACCACUUGAUCAUGCGUGAGAUUCUGUUGGAGCGAGAGGCGGGCCCUUCCAGGACCUUGUCAUUUUUGACACGUUCGCAGAGAUCCUAAAACCGAGUAAUCAAUGUCAAAAACAUUGAACUUACUUCAUGGUGAGGUGGUCAGGGUUGAUCUCCAAAUUUUUCUUGGAACCGAUAUAUCUAUCCCAUGUUUAACUAGCCAACAAAAGUCUGAUCCUUCAUGAUUCUCUGAAUCUUGACCUUUUUCUGCAAAAUUGUGCUUUUCCUAUUCGAAUUCAUGGAGUUCAAGACUUCCGCGGAGCAUUUACUUUACAUCGAACUCCUUCCGUUGCCGGACAUCGUACUCAUCAACGCACGUGAACCCGUAGAUGACCUCGUCUUCACGUUUCUUGCCUAAAAUUCGGACCGAAAACAUUAGUUUUCGUUUAAAAAAAAUCUAAAAUACAGCUAAAUAUGCACGAACCACAAACGAUUUAUUUAUACAAAUUAUAAAGACACUGAUCCACGAAUCCGACAAUUCGUCAACAACGCAACAAAUAAUUCUCGGCUCAAGCCGCAGAAAAAUUAUUUUUCUACCGUACACACGUACGAUUUCAAGUUAAUUUUGGUCCCGGCGCGAUUUAUUUUAAAAAAUGGCCAAGUGUUCCCUAGUUAUGGCGACGCGCGUACUUUAAAGAUGAAAGGGAAUUGAAAUGAAGUUUCGAGAUCCGACUUUCGCUGAUUUCACUAAUCCAGGUGAAUCCACAAAGUCUCCGGAUUUUUUACAUUAAUCAAAACGACCGUCGUCGGGAAGUCGGUCAUCGAAUUAGCGGGUCUUCCCGCGUGUAUAUAAGGCUUCUUCCUGACUUUCGAAACGUUUUUUUCGAUAUUUCGGAGUGGAAGAGUGGGGCAUUUUGGGCAUACGUGAUUUGAGACUACGUCGGCAUUUUUUUCAAUCAUUUGUAGUGCGUAAAAAUGAUCGUAGAGACUUGAGGUGUUUUUAAGUUUUCUCGAUUAGUCACUGCACAAUUUCAUUGUAAAAUAUGCCCGUAUCACAGUAGAUUUUAUAAAAAAGUUUCUAAAUUUUGCUUAUUUCAGAAUUUCGGCUUCGGAUCCUCAUACCUCCAGAACUGUGGUUGUUCGUCCAGUGAUUACGGACUCUUCAAAAACUAA